UGCUUAUUGUGCUUCGUCCUCUUGCAGAACAAUGAGGACACGGAGGACGCGCUCAUGCCAGCGCUGGGACAAUGACAAUUUGGCUCUCAAAAGGAACAAAGAAUGGAUUGUUAUAGCGCUUCUGUCUGGGUUCUUUUUCCUGCUAAUUAUCUCUAGUUUUUUCUCCUUGCUGCUGACGACCGCCACCAGUUGGCGACUAGAGUUUUUUUAUUCGACGUCGCAGGUCGACCAUCUUCAUAAUCAUCGCAGAUGUCUUUCGCUUUCCGUACUCAAAGAGGAAAAUCGCCUCCGCCAGUUUAUGCCGCUCAUUCUACAGUACAGACUUCAAGCACGACUCUCAGACCUUACCUUCAACUCCCACACAUCCUUUCCCUCGCCUGGCUGGCAUACCCUAUUCUUUCACUCAUCUUCUCCGCGCAAACUGCGGUGUCUAAUGCGAAGGAUGAUCUCCUGACCGCAUGCCAAGCAGCAGAGCAAGCUGCCAGUGCUGCUGCCAGUGCUCCUCGUUAUAUGGCGAUAGCUUCAAAUCAGCUUUUUGCGGAUGCUGUCAAUGGCACUAUGAAUGAUGCGCGCGCAGCUCUGAUUCUGGCAUUGACUGUCAUGGAAGCCAUCAUUAAUUUCCUUAUUGACAUCUACCGCUCCACCUUCUUGUGUUUCCUCGAAUUGAUUGUUGGAGGUGCACUUGACCUUCUUAUUGCUGCUGUUCAAGAGAUCACUUCGUUCUUGCAAAGCACUCUGACCAGCGCUGUGUCAGGUUUGAAGAGCGAUGCCACUUCGCUCAACUCUGCCAUUACAACCAUAGUUAACGAGCUCAACAAGGUCAAUCCUUUCGGGAACAUCAAUGCCCCACAGUUCAAUGUCUCGAGCCUUGAUGCUCUGUCGAGUAUCACUAUCCCAACGGAUUUUGAAAAUGCCUUGAUUCAGCUCAACAAUUCGCUACCUACUGUGUCGUCGAUCAAGAACGUUAUUGAAUCUCUCGUUGACACACCGUUCGAGGCCGUGAAAUCUGACAUCAACAGCACUUUCCAAGGCCUUUUCUUUGAUGCAUCAGUGCUUCCUGUCCCCGAUCAGAACACGCUUUCGUUUUGCAAUAAUUUGGACACUUCAUCAGUUGACGAUCUCGGCCAUGACCUCCUCACGAUCACGAAGAUCGCAGGGCAUUGUGCUCUCGAGUGGUACAAGUGGCGCUGCCUCCAGUUCCACCUUCGUCGUACUCGUGAGGCAUGGGUUUCCGACCCCACCACGAUGUACACCGGCCCCUCUAACGCCCCUUCCGUCACACUCACCGACCACAAUCUCCUCAUGCUCCAGACGGACGCACAACAUCCACUGCUCACUCGCAUAGCCAAUGGCCUCUCAACUAAACUGGGUUUGUCCCCUUCACAACACACCCACCUGCGAUGGUUCCUGCACUACAUUUUCCACGCGCCUGCACUUGCCUGCUUCCUGAUCGGUUUCUUUGGCCUAUUGUCCGUUCAAGUGCAGCUUCUUGCCGUUGGCCCUUUAGAAGCAAAGUACACUGCACAAGCGGCUGCCAGUGUGCAGGAUCUUUCCAGCACGAUCUUUACGCAGGUGAACAGUUCAAUGUACAACCAGUCCUCCUCGUAUGCUGGCACCAUCAACGCACGUGUUGAGACCAUGCAGUCCUCCGUCAACAAUGGGCUGUUCGGCUGGGUCAAUGGCACCACUACGACACUCAACACGACGCUGAACAACUUCUACACAGAUGUUCAGAAUAUCGUCUCGAGUGUGUUCAAUGGCACCGUGCUGGAGACCCCUGCGCAGGACUUCGUCCGAUGCAUCAUCGGCUCGAAGGUCACUGCACUCGAGGAGGCACUCACGUUCUUGAAUGAGAACUUGAACGUUGAUCUUCCGACUGUCAAUGAGACAGUCUUGGUGCUUUCGUCGUCAGAUGUUAAUGAGAUCACUCAGCCAAUCGCUACCGCUGCGAUUGGUGGCGGGCAGAGUGACUCCAGUGGUCUCAUCGGAAGACUUGUCUCGACAUAUGUCGAUUCCCUCAAGCAGGAGCGCAUCAUGUUUGCCCUGUUCCUAGGCCUCUGGGCCCUUGUCGUACUCAUGGGUCUCGCUGUCGUUUUCUGGCAUUCCUACGCGAGAAACUGGGUUGAAGCAUACAAGAAGCGCAAGUGGCGCAAGGAGCAACGCGACGACAUCGAUGAUAUCAUAUCAGCCUUCCCCAAUGCACCGCCUACCAUUCAUAUCAGCAAGGAUGCGGAGAAAGGCCAGAAGACGCCUGAUAUGGGUCUUCGUUCAUUCACGCCUCUUCCUGAGCCUCGUUCAGCAUUCAGCCUUAAUCCAUUCGCACGGUCUGGCAAUCAUCCGUUGAAGUCGCUCGAGCCUCGGUUUGAGAAAAGCUGGGACAGCUUUUUCCGGGAGGAAUCUGAGCCGAAGGUUGAACAGCAACAGUCGUCAAUACUUUCUCGUACGAUCAGCAGACCGAUGCGUUUGAUGGCUCUGGGCAAGAGGAAGAAAGAGGGAGACAGUGAGAACGUGCCAAAGGCAGAGGAUGAGCACCCCAAGUCAAGCUGGCUCAAGCCCAUGACAAACCUUUUUGCGAAGAAGGCUGUUCCUGCCGAAGAAUUUGUCGUCAACAGGCCGUUGUCGCGGCCUCCUAGACCUCAAUUGACAAUUUCGACUCAGCAUGCUGCCUCACUCAAGUUCGAUGACCUACCUCACAUUGAGCGGUCUCCGACUCGAGAAGAGCCUGCUUCUGCCUGGUUUGUCUCUCCGACUCCACCCACGCUGCCGUGGACGAAGAACACAGCUUCGCCUGUCAAGAAGUCGACACCCCCUCAUGUCUCCUUCCCCCCACCGCCGGUCCAUCCAGAGAAGCGCAGGAAAGUCAGCGUGCCUACUGACGUCGGGUCAUUCGAUGAUUCCAACUUCACUCCUCCGCAGGUCCAGGGUCCAAGCCCGCUCGCUGUGCCACUGCACCACGCUUUCGAGCGGGCGCCCCCGCAGCAGGCAACUGUCCCGUUGACACUCUACCCGUCACAAGUGCAAGCUGCGAUCCUCACUGCCUCUAAGGAGAAGAAUAAUAAACCGUUGGUGGUCCCUACCCCGUCGGGCCUUGCGUCAUCCAAAUUCCGCGCAGAAUCCACCACGCCCGUAACACGGCUUCUCACGACCACUCACGCGCGGCAUUCCAGCAAUGCCAUAGAUCCGUUUGCAACACCCUUUGAUGACGACGCCCGCGUAGCAUCUCCGACUCAGAUUAAAAGGAUUACCAAUCCUUUCGCUGGCCUUGCACUGUAAGUCUGAACGACGUGAACUUUGAGAUGACGCUUUACUUUGUAUUUUGUACGUUACGCACCAUACAUACGGUUAAUAUCCCUCACUGUGUAUUAAUCUCGUGCUCACUCUCUCUUUUCACGUAUUUUUAACUGUAGCACUUUAUCUACUUCCCGACAUCGAGGAGCACACUUCAUUUCACACAUUUGUAGCUUUAUUCUACUGACUUUGCGCUGUUAUCCGCUGGUACUCGGACUGCACUAAAUCAAAUGCCAUUUGGUGAUAUCGAGAGCAGUGCGAGUUGAGCG